UCUCUUAACUGUUAACUGACAAAAUUCAAUGGCGUUACCACUAGUUUUCUGCUCUUCCACUGUAAAUCCCAAGUCCUUCCUUGCUUACCCAAACCUUACUUCCUUAGCUAAUAAAAACAACAGCUCAAAUUCCAUUAUGUUUAGUUCUGUGAGUCCAAUUAGGGUAAAAAACUAUUUUCUUCAUUUCCCUUGCUACUCAAGAACAAGAACAUAUUUUUCUCCUUCUAACUAUCAAGAUUUAAACGAAGAUGAAGAAGAAGAUCUGGUUCAAGAUCUUAGAGUUCCUAGUCAUUGGUUGACCCCUUCAAAUGCUCUUCAGGAAUCUGAGUGGCUUAAAGUAGUGUUGCAUAAAUGGUUAGACGAUGAAUAUUGCGUCGAGGAUACAAAUGUAGAAAUUAGUGAGGUUGCAGCCAAAUCAUACUAUGAAUCUUUGGUAGUACGGAAAGAGGCAGACCUUGGAAUGAUCUUAUUACAGAUGGCAAGAGAUUUAGAAUCUAUAUCUUAUCAGGAAAGCUUUCAUGGAGCUUUCUCAUCAGCAAACGCAGCAAUCCAACUAAUCUCUCAACGGAUCGAGCAACAAUAAAUCUAGCUCCUAAAAAUACAAUGUGGAGAAAUCAUUCUCACCUUAGCCCUGUUUAAUAUGCAUUUAUCCGUAAGUUUAUUAUGUACAUCUUUGCUCGCUUUCUCAUUUAAUAUGUUAAAGUGUGACCCUGUUCAACACUAUCCGUACUCAUGUGUAUGAUCUCCGGAAUCCGAUUUUGUCCAUUCUGUGUAGCAAGUGUUUCAGUGAUUUCUCAAUUUAAUACUGAUGAGAUUUUAAGAUCAGUGGCUAACUAUGUAUUCAACCAAUCAAAUAAAAAUGUCAAAUUAGUACUUGUACGCA